CAUAUUGUCAUAAACAUAUGUGUUUAAAUAAAGUUAGGUUCUUCUUCUCGUUACAUACAUCACACAGUUUUUAUAUAAAAUAUUGUUAGAUUUAAUCUAUUAACAUGAUCAUAAAACUUUGUUGGUUAUUUAUAUUUUUUGCAUCUACACACUGUCAAAGUUUACAAAGUGUAAGUGAUGAUGAAUUACUGCAGUUUAUAAAAGAAGAAGAAAAACUUAUCGUCUUGUUUUCUAAACAAAAUUGUGAUGUUUGUGACAAGUUUGAAAAAACUCUAGAUGGCUUGUAUGAAGACUUUCAGAAGCAUUUGAAUGCUGCAACUGUGAAGGCAGUGAACAGUCAUUUAGCAAGACUUUAUUCUCCAACUAAAGAGCCUGCAGUUGUUUUCUUUAGACAUGGUGUACCUUUAUUGUACGAUGGGGAACCUGAUGAAAAUGAGAUAUAUGGAUUUUUGGAAAAGAAUCAGUCACCAGCAGUAAAGGAACUAACAGAUAAAAUAUUUGAGCAUAUGACUCAAGCUGCUACUGGAGCUACAACUGGGGAUUGGUUUGUUAUGUUUUAUGGUGCAUCAUGUGUGGAAUGCCAAAGGUUACAUGCUGUUUGGGAAGGCGUGGGUGCCACAUUACGAGGUCGUAUUAAUCUUGCUAGAGUGGAUGCUAAUUUAGCAGGAGCUAAUACAGCAAAACGUUUUAAAGUCACAAAGCUACCAGCAUUUCUUUUUUUCCGUUUGGGCAAGGUGUACAGAUAUGAUUUGCCCAAAAAUGAUAUUAAGUCAUUUGUUUCAUUUGCACAAGAUUGGUAUAAAAAUUCAAAGGCUGAAGCUGUACCACUUCUUUCCUCACCGUUUGAUGAAUUGGUUGAUUGGUGUGUUGAGAUGAUAAGGUACAGUAUUGCUUUUGGAUUGAAAAUAUUGGCACGAUAUCCAUGGAUUUGGCAAAUCGGCGUCCUCGGUUUUGGUCUAGUGGCUAUAACGGCACUUAUAGCUAUCAUUAAAGCUGGAAAAUCAAAACCGAAAUCUGUUAAAAAAGAUAAACAAACUCAAAGCAAGAAGAGUAAAUGAAAUGAAAAAUUUAAGAAAAAAAUGUAUGACAU